AUGAUUGAUUGGGGAGUUCAAGGCCAUCAUCAAAAGCAUGAUCAUGAUCCUUAUCAACAACGACAAGGAUGUAGAAAAGGACCAUGGACACUUGAAGAAGAUAAGCUUCUUGGGGAGUAUGUUACUUCCCAUGGUGAAGGAAGAUGGAGUACUGUUGCUAAGUGUGCAGGGUUGAAUAGAAGUGGUAAGAGCUGUAGACUAAGGUGGGUGAAUUACUUGAGGCCAGGACUUAAGAGAGGACAAAUCACUCCUCAAGAAGAAGGAAUCAUUCUUGAACUUCAUUCCCUUUGGGGUAACAAGUGGUCUACAAUUGCAAGAUACUUACCAGGACGAACAGAUAAUGAGAUAAAAAAUUAUUGGAGAACACAUUACAAGAAAAAAGAAAAAUCCUGUUCGAAGCCAGAGAGAGCCAAAAGAUCUCAAUCCCGGAAACACCAAGUAGAUCUAAAACCGCAACCACAACCACAACCGCAUAAUCACCAGUCUCAGCUAGUGUCCCGAGACCAAAUGAAUAUAGACAAAGAACAAAACAUUUCUUCCCCUUUAUAUUACUCGACUAGUAUCUUCAAUGACCAACUCUCUAUGCCUCAAAAUGUUGCCGCAACCUCAUCCGACCACUCUAUGAUCGAUGAAAGUAACUUGUGGGGCAACUUAUGGAACCUUGGCGACGAUGAUCCAUAUAGUUUUGGUAGUGGCUUAGGGCAGAGGAUAGCCACAGAUUUAUCUGAGAAGUUUCCUAAUGGUGGAGUCGAGACACCGUCGUGUGGAUCAGGGGAUUAUAGUUAUACUGGCUUUUAUAUUUUUUAA